CCAACAGCUGGCUGCACACACAGCAACACCACCACCAACCACCACCAAGACAGAAUACAAGCUCACGACAGCAUGACUUUCCUCAAAACCUGCUCGAGCUCCCUCAUCUCACUCCUUCUGAUCAGCCAGACUUUCCUCCAGAUACAAGUACAGUCAGCCACCAACAACGAUCCACUGUCGAAACUGAUUGCCCUGACCAAAGCCGGGAAAGGCGUGGCACCUCUGAACGAUAAACUAUACGACGAGAUCAUCUCUGGGCCGAGGAACUUCUCAGUCACAGUCGUACUCACUGCCCUCGGAUCGCAAUUCCAGUGUCAACCUUGUCAAAUAUUUGAUUUGGAGUAUCAAUUGUUGGCCCGUCAAUGGGCUAAACAACCGACUAAGAUUCGGAAUACUCACUUCUUUGCGAUGCUCGAUUUCAAGGAGGGGAAAAAUACGUUUACCAAGCUUGGUCUGAAUACGGCCCCUCAAGCGCGUACUUUCCUUGCGAACGAGGGUCCAGAGGCAGUCACGGAUGUGAAGAAACAAGUACUGAGUUACGAUUUCAAUAAGGGUGGUCCACGCGGUCUGACGGCCGAACUAUUCAGUGACUGGGCGAUCAACUCGGCUAACUUACCACCCUUCUUCAAAAGGCCACCCAAUUAUGGACGGAUCUUUGCCGCCUCUUGUAUCCUCUUGGCUACCAUCAUCCUCAUUAAGGUUGCAUGGCCUCUAGUCAAGUUCGUCCUGACCAGUAGAUUCAUCUGGGCUGCUGCACUCCUGCCGGUCAUCUUACUCAUGAUCUCAGGACAGAUGUGGUGUCAAAUUCGAUCACCACCUUACAUGGUCAAACAGCCCAACGGAGCUCCCUCCUACAUUGCUGGAGGAUAUUCAAAUCAAUACGGUGUAGAAACUCAAGUUAUCGCAAGUCUUUAUGGAGUCUUGGCUUUCGCGGCUUAUACACUGGCGUUCACGGUCUCUAAACUCGACGAUCCUAUUCGUCAAAGGGUAGCUGUUUACGUCUGGCUCGGCGUCUUCCUCACUAUCUCAAGUAUGCUCCUCAACAUCUUCCGGAUGAAAAACUCAGGUUAUCCUUUCAAAUUAUUUCUCUAAUUCAAGCAAGAAAAGGAAAAUCAAAACAAAAAAAUGUGAAAGUACAUUUUUCCCACUGUUCUCUUUUUUUUUCCAAGUAGAAACAACCCAUAUACAGAAAUUACAUUAUGCUCUGCACACCCA